AUGGACGUGCUUACUCUAGCUUGGGGAAGUGGUGCUAGAGGGUUUGAAGCUGAAACCGAUAACAGCGAAGCUGUACGCAUCCUCAAGGCCCCUUCCCAACCAAAUGAGGUGGCCAUUGUUCGAAGAAUCCAUGCACUUAUGAGUCUGCAAUGGGAAGUAAAUUUAUUCUAUGUCGGCCGUGAAAGAAACUCUUUAACCGACUAUCUUGCCAGCUUAGGUCGGUUUGAGAAUCCAGGAAUACACGUACUGACGAACCCUCCUCCUAGAGUGCAUGAGUUUCUCGAAAAAGAUUUGUUGACAAGAGUGUCUAGAUAA